CCACAAAUUGACACAGCAGCCAUUGGUUACUUUACACUACAGCUCCUCCGCGGAGGGGACAACAUAUUUCUGUAAUGGAAGUACUUCUCUGACCACUUGGAAACGAGCUGGGCCGGCGUAAUAUGGGCGUGACUUCUAAUGCUAAUGCUUCAAGCUAACGCAAAGACCAUGUUGGCGAGACUGUUCAGGCUCCACGGCCUGCUGGUGGCCGCCCACCCGUGGGAGGUGAUCAUCGGCACGCUGGCGCUCACCGUCUGCCUCAUGUCCAUGAACAGCCUGGCCGCCGGCGGCCACAUGUGCAGCUGGAACAACUGUCCCAAAGUCGACGAGCAAGUCCAGAGCAGCGACGUCAUCAUCCUAACUGUCACACGCUGCAUCGCCAUCGUUUACAUCUACUUCCAGUUCAAGAACCUCAGACAACUGGGCUCCAAAUACAUACUGGGUAUCGCAGGGUUAUUCACGCUCUUCUCCAGCUUUGUUUUCAGUUCAGUUGUCAUCCACUUUUUUGGCAGAGAGCUGACGGGCCUCAAUGAAGCGCUACCUUUCUUCCUCCUCCUCAUCGACCUGUCCAAAGCCUGCACGCUGGCCAAAUUUGCCCUCAGCUCCAACUCUCAGGAGGAGGUGAGGGAGAACAUCUCACAUGGCAUGGCCAUCCUGGGCCCCACCUUCACCCUGGACGCCUUGGUGGAGUGUCUGGUCAUCGGCGUUGGCACCAUGUCAGGCGUGCCACAGUUGGAGAUCAUGUGUUGUUUUGGCUGCAUGUCGGUCCUUGCUAACUACUUUGUCUUCAUGACCUUCUUCCCCGCGUGUGUCUCUCUGGUUCUAGAGCUGUCUAGGGAGAGUCGUGAGGGUCGCCCUAUUUGGCAGCUGAGCCACUUCGACCACGUGCUGGCCGAGGAGGAACACAACAAGCCCAAUCCUGUGACGCAGAGGGUAAAACUCAUCAUGUCUCUGGGUUUGGCUCUGGUGCACGCUCACACUCGACUGGCGGCCGAGCAUCCCGGACACAACCGCACCGUGGAAGGAUCGGUGCCGGAGAGACUGGAGUCCGCCGCCUCUAUGCGCCCACUGCAGCUGAACGGCAUGGACCUGGAGCAGGUGAUCACGCUCGGCCUGGCGCUGCUUCUCGCCGUCAAGUACGUCCUCUUCGAGCAGGCGGAGACGGAGUCCUCCUUGUCCAUCAAGAGUCCCGGCUGCAGGGCGGACUUCAAGAAGACCACCAGCAGCACUGCAGAAGAAGAGUGUAAACGUGUGUGCGGCGAGACAGAAGACAGGAUUGGACCUCCAGCGGCUGAAGAAUGUUCAGCACGGAGCAUCUCAGAUGGAGCACCACGGACUUUGGAGGAAUGUCUGGACGUCCUCGCUGAUCCCCAGCUAGGAGCCCGUUGCCUUAGCGACUGCGAGGUGAUGAGCCUGGUGGCGUCCCGCGGCAUCCCCAACUACAAGCUGGAGUCUGUGCUGGAGACACCAGAGAGGGGCGUGGCCAUCAGGAGGGAAAUGUUGUCAUCGAAGCUUCCAGUCGCCUCUGCCUUGUCUUCACUUCCUUAUAAGGACUACGACUACGCCAAGGUGAUGGGUACCUGCUGUGAAAACGUCAUCGGCUACAUGCCGGUGCCGGUCGGGGUGGCCGGUCCGCUCUUGUUGGAUGACCAGCAGUUUUACGUUCCCAUGGCGACCACAGAAGGCUGCCUGGUGGCGAGCACCAACAGAGGCUGCAGGGCUCUGUUUCUGAGCGGGGGCUGCCGCAGCAUGGUCCUCGCUGACCGCAUGACCCGGGGGCCCGUGGUGCGCCUGCCCUCGGCCUGCCGGGCCGCCGAGGUGAAGGCGUGGUUGGAGUGCAGCGACGGCUUUGGCGACCUCAAAGAGGCCUUCGACCAGACCAGCAGGUUCGCCCGUCUGGAUAAAUUGCUUGUGUGCUUAGCGGGCAGGAACCUCUACAUCCGCUUUGAGUCGCUCACAGGAGACGCCAUGGGCAUGAACAUGCUGUCCAAGGGCUGCGAGAAGGCUCUGCUCAGGCUCCAGCAGCACCACCCCGACGUGGAGGUCCUCUCCGUCAGCGGCAACUACUGCACCGACAAGAAGUCCGCCGCCAUCAACUGGAUCCUGGGCCGCGGCAAGUGCACCGUGAGCGAGGCCACCAUCCCCGCCACGGUGGUCAGUGAGGUUCUGAAGAGCAGCACGGCCUCCUUGGUGGAGCUGAACAUCAACAAGAACCUGGUGGGCUCGGCCAUGGCGGGCAGCAUCGGCGGCUUCAACGCGCACGCCGCAAACAUCGUAGCGGCCAUCUUCAUCGCCUGCGGGCAGGACCCCGCUCAGACGGUGGGCAGCUCCAACUGCAUCACUCAGAUGGAAGCUGCUGGCCCCGACGGCCAGGACCUCUACAUCACCUGCACCAUGCCCUCCAUCCAGCUGGGCACCGUGGGAGGGGGCACCAACCUGGCCCCCCAGCAGGCCUGCCUGCAGAUGCUGGGAGUGCAAGGCAGCAGGCCCGAGCAGCCGGGAGAGAACGCUCGCCAGUUGGCUCGCGUGGUCUGCGCCACCGUCCUGGCGGGGGAGCUCUCCCUCAUGGCGGCCCUCCAAGCGGGACACCUGGUCAAGAGUCACAUGACCCACAACAGGUCCAAGUUGAACUUAGCACAAACUGUGUCUGCAAAUUGUGGCGACGCCGUGUGAGCGACGUGGACUCCACCUCCUCCUCCAGUGCCUGGCAAUAAGGUUCUCUCUCCGCCUCCUCCUUUGUUGUGAGACUAAGACCAGCAGCGGGUGUUUAAGCCAUAACGGUCCCGUCUAUUCUAGAAUAUGAAAUGAUCACUUGUAGAUGACGAGGGUUUAUUCUGAACAAACUAUGUACAAAAUACUGUAACAAAACACAAGCAGGUGAAAUGUCACCAGAAAAUGUUGCAAUAUUGACAGUCAUACCACAAAACUGCCAUGUAAAAAGCAUCCAUCCAUUUUCUACCGCUUGUCCCCUCUCGGGCUGGCCGGAGCCUGUCUCAGCUGCAUUCUUAUUUAUUGAUAUUUCUAAGCACUUUUAUGAGUGGAUUCUCGAGACCUUUAGUUUCAUUUAUUUAUUUAUUUUAACUGUCAUUACUUAAAAAUAAUGAUUCAAAAUCAAUGUUGUUAUGAAUUAUUGACGGCUCACAUGACUUCGCAUCAAAAAGGGCAUAAAACAAAACAAAAACUGUCAAUGGAAGAUGUGAAGUUGACUUAUGGAUAUUAAAGGUUGAAAGUCAAAAUAAUAUAUGGCUUUUUUUCUUUUUUUUUAACACUUUAUUGACUGAGAUCCUCCUGGG